UAGUACAGCAUACAGCUGAUAGCGAAGCCUCAAGACAGCUCUGAUGUCUGCGCGAAAUCCGCUGCACACAUGUAUUGUUUUUCGAUGAACUCGGGUAUAUGAGGUAUAUAAAUAUCUCUCCCCACCAUCCCUUGAACUUGGAACUUGGACAUUCAGACGUUCGGCUUCGAGCGAGACGGACGCAUGUGAAGUAAAGGUAUCGCGCGUUUGUCGGGUAUCACACGAUUUAUCGCGACUGUCGAUCGCGAAUCUUUGGAAUAAUGCGAUUUUUAUGACAUCGGCGAUUUCCUGGUCAACAUCAACGUCGGGACCUAACCUUCAUUGUCGGCGCAGUCGCAAGUGUGAAAGAUAAGAGGACAUCCCGCCAAAAUUUUCUUCUCGGAUCGCCGCUAUUUUUACUAAGAAAAACGGGCUGAAGCAGCCCCUGUAUACCUACUAUUCUUCAACCACUCCCGACGGCGGAGUUGCAUACAGCUUACAUUACACAAGUAUACACAGUACGUGUAGCACAGUUUCUAGAGCAAAUAUCGACAAAUCUCUUGUUUCGUCUUCGCGCUCGCAUGGAAGGCGAGACGUGAGUUUCUGGACCACCCAGGACCCAAUACCCAGCAUCGGCUUCUCGGCACUUUUUUUCUGCCGAACCUGCAUCGCAACGGAGAAGUGAGACAAAUAGAUCGAAGUGGGGGUAGGCAACGUUUAGUGUUUCUCGACGACUAUACGAUCGCUCGUUCGCUCGUUAAUUAUGCGAAUAUAAUCCAGCAAGAAGUGACCGUUAGACAAAUAUGCUGCGCUUGCCGGAUGUCGUCAACGCUGUACUCUUUCUCGCGGAUAUUGCGUGAACAUCGUAAUGUAAACACAAGGUUGCAAAAUACUUUGUUUAACGACGUUGAAAUUUAUGUAGAUAAUAUUUGGAAGUGAAUUGACGAUUACAAAGUGCAAGAAUUUGUAUACAGUCGUAUCGUAGUUGAAAAGUGUACGAACUAAGUUGAGAGUAACUUUAAGUUGAAAAAGGCAUGAACUGUCAAGUGAGGCUUCAAACAAACAUUGAAGUAUAUCAAAAGUGUAAAUAAUAGACAGACACGUAACAGUGCGCGCAGAAUCAAUUUAACCGCAAAAAAUCAAGCCGAAUAUAAGGCGCCUGAUCAAAGCGACUCGCUGAGCACGAUGUCGCACCGGAUGAAGUUGAACUGCAGUGGGCAGCAGCCACUGAAUUUGUCCCAGAUACCGGAGAUGGAUAACGAGAACGUUUCCAGCGAGCCGUCGAGCCCGCUAACGCCUAUCACCAGCAUCGCCCGAGAACUUGGCCGCUCCAGCUUAUCGUCCGAUGACACUCCAGUCAGAGCCAUUCGCCCAGCCGAGAGGAGCGAAGACAUGCGACGUUGGAAAAACGAGAACAGCUUCAGUGGACUGUUCAGAAAUGCAUUCAAAAUCAAAGGAACACCGGAGUCAGUGGUGAAGAAGAGCAAAUUGAUAUCAGCUCGCUCCAGAAGGCUCAUCGGCAUGGCGUCGGGGCGCCUAUCCAGUCCAGAACUCGGCAGCUCGCCUUGUAGCGCCAACAGCCAGAACCUCGAGUGCAGCGCCAUCUUCAGCCCAGAUGGCCAGAACUCGACACCACACAAGUCGAGCGGCUUCAAGUCGUCGAAGCCCCGCUUCCCGCUGGAGGAGUUCGACCCGAACAGUCAGGACAGCGGCUACGGCGGCUGCAGCGGCGGCAGAGACUCGGAGGAGAAGCCCAGCGCCGGCUUCCAGUUCGCCGAGCCCCUCGGCGUCGCGCCCCGGCGGCUCUCGCUCGAGUCGCGCUGCAGCCCGAUGAAGUCGCCGAUCCGCUCGUCGCCCCAGCGCAAGCGGCUCGCCCGGCCCGCGCUCUUCCGCAGCCUAUCCUCCGGCUACGAGAGCACCGACGACGGCUUCAACGAGCUCAUCGACAUGGAGAGCCUCGAGGACGAGAGCAGCCGGCUGCCCAACGGCCUGUCCAGCCUCAUCUGCGGCGACAUCGUUACCGACAGCGAGGAGAAGCCCAUGGAGCUCGAGUCGACGACGCCCGAGGCCGGGACCCGCGGCUGCGGCCGGGCCAACUUCGCCGGGCUGCGUCGCUCGCUCUCCAUGCAGCCCGAGAGGCUCGACGACGAGGAGGAGCUCCGCGGCAGCCCGCCCUCCGCCUCGAAGGUGCGCUCCUGCCUCUUCCGCUCGCCCAACGCCAGCUCCAGCACGGCCAAGCUCGGCUUCCAGGAGGCACGCUGCGCCAGCCAGGAGAACAGCCCCGUCUUCGCCGUCAGCCGGAAGUUCAAGCGGCCCGAGCCGCCGGGCGAGCGCUCGCCCGUUCUAGUCAAGCGCUCGCGCAAGUCCAGCAGCUACCAGGACGUCAGCGUGGCCGGCGGCCUCGUCAAGCGGCGGCAGCAGCAGCAGCAGCAGCACCCGCGGCAGCAGGACUCGGCCAUGUCCUCGCCCCCGCAGAUGCUGCAGCGCAGCCACUCCGAGACCGAGGCCCACGCGCACAUCAAGUCGGCGAUCCACCGCAGCACGACCUCGGACGACCUCACCGGCGACUUCAGCAAGCCCUGCGUCCUGCCGCUCGCCGACGGACAGCACGAGGACCUCAAGUCCAUCAGCAGCGAGACCCUCUCUCGACUCAUCCGCGGCGACUUCAGCGACAGCGUUGGCGACUUCAAGAUCGUCGACUGCCGCUACCCGUACGAGUUCGAGGCCGGCCACAUCGACGGCGCGCUCAAUCUCUACACCAAGGAGAUGAUCGAGAGCGCCCUGCUGGACCCUCUCAAGCACACGCCCGCCAUCGAGCCCGACUCCGAGCGCAAGCGCAGCAUCCUCGUCUUCCACUGCGAGUUCUCCUGGGAGCGCGGGCCCAACCUGUCGCGCUUCCUGCGCAACGUCGACCGCCAGCGCAACGAGGAGCACUACCCGGCCCUCCACUACCCCGAGAUCUACCUGCUGCACGGCGGCUACCAGAAGUUCUUCAAGGACCAACGCGAGCUUUGCUCGCCCCAGGGCUACCGGCCCAUGCGGCACCCCGACCACGAGGCUGACCUGCGCCAGUUCCGCAGCAAGAGCAAGAGCUGGCAGGGCGAGAAGACGAACCGCGCCAACGUCGUCACCGCCCGCGCCAACCUCAAGCGGCUCGGCUUCUGAGAUGCUGUGUACACACGUCAGACUUUGUAUUAGAGAGAGAGAGAGAGAGAGAGAGAGAGAUCGAGGGGAGGUGCUCGCGCGCUAUCGCGAGGUUCAUGUGCAAAUGUAAAUACCGAAACUUCGAAAGAGAGACAGAGAGAGAGAGAGAGAGAGAGUCGCACGCGAAGCAGGCUUUUCAAACGCUUCAAGUACCCGAAUUUUGUACUACGGUUCAAAGCCCCGAUUGGAAUGAUUAAUUAUUUUUUUUUUUAUUGUAAAAAGAAGAGAAAAUCGCACUUCCGAGAGAUAGGGCGAGAGAAAGGAAAAUCGAUAGCGUAUGCGUGAGUGAGUGCGUGUGUCAGGCGCAUUAUAAGUGUGGAAAGGACGAGGCGAGACUUAAGAGCAAAAAGCGACAUAGUCAUUAUUUUCAGUUCGCUGAUUAGCUUAUGUAUACCAAAUUAUGUACGUCGUACGCGCGCCAGAGAGUUCUAUGUUAAUUGUACUUUGUGUCCGAACAAUCAUCGAUUGAUCAUCAAUUCCGGAGAAUGAAAUUGCAUACCCUCCGAUCAACUGGUCUUUUUCACUCUGUAUGGAAUAUAUUUUACGUGUGUUGUCGUGCGUGUGUGUGCAGCUAAAGAGUCGCAUCGAUUUUCUCGUUUCUUAUACACGCUCAACGGAGUUUCGAAGUGUAUCUAUACACAUUUGUAUAAUACUAUAUCUAUACAAUAAUUGUUAUUAUUUUAUGAACUAAAAGAAAAUCGAUUUAUUAUGAUCAAACGAAAACCUGGGAAAAGAAGGUCCGACUUAUCCUCUCCCUUGAUAUGUGCAAAGUAGAUUAUAUUAUUAUUAUAUGUUGUACAAAGCGCGCGUUAUGUGAAAUUAUAAGCACUAAUAUAAUUUGUCAUACAAAAUAUAACAUUCUUAUUCUUUACACCACCCAUAUACUUUAAUGUGAAUUGUCGUACUUUUGCUUUGCAAAUCAUUUGAAAACUUUCAAAAAUCUAAAUAAAAUAAAUAUUGACUUCUUAAAAGAAAAAAAA